CUUUGCAUCAUCAGUCUCCCAACACACCGCCCUGCCGUCUGUCCCGACGAUCAGUUGCCUGCCGAGAUUGCCCCAGGCGAUCUGUUUCGCCUCGCCUCACCAAAGAGCUGACCGUUUCCAGCCCAGGCCCUCUGGAAUCUGCCACCCGGUGGCUCUUCAACCACAUCCACGGGCCAGCCAAUCGCUCGCGAAUGCUCGGAAGCACUCGUCGUGGCGCUUUCCAAACUCCUCUGGCCACUUAACCCAGAUACCAAUCCCGAGACGACACAUCUGCAAGGGCAGAAUUUAUCGAGACACUACCUCGGCCUUGCUGAUUACUCAAGCAGCAUUGCCGCGAAAUACUCAUCUGGCAGUCGCUCGUCGUCAUGGAUCCUCCCGAGUCGCAGUACACACCAGUUCCCGAUGCGAGCACUCUUGGGUCACAGUCCGAGUUGCUGACGACAUGGGCGCUUCUUAUCCUCAUCGUCUUGCUCCUCGCGAUUGUGCUGAUAUCGUAUCUGCUGCAACGCAACCAAAUCCGAUUCAUCCAUGAGACGGUUGUCUCCUUGAUCCUCGGUCUGGUUGUUGGCCUCUUCAUCAAGCUCUCUUCAUUCGAGGGGCUUCAAGAAAUCGUUUCGUUUGAUCAUCGGUACUUUUUCAAUCUGCUUCUGCCACCAAUCAUUCUUAACUCUGGAUACGACAUGAAACGGGAGCGUUUCUUCCGCAACUUUGGAUCGAUUCUGACCUUUGCAUUCCUGGGAACCUUUAUAUCUACACUUGUCAUUGGGAUCAUGAUUUACCUGGUUGCGCUGACUGGCAUCCACGCACUGGGGUUGUCCCUACUCGACUGUCUCGUCUUCGGAGCCAUCUUGUCGUCAACGGAUCCGGUGACAGUCCUGGCCAUCUUCCAUCAGCGCAGAGUCGAUCCCCAGCUCUAUGCGAUCAUCUUUGGCGAAAGUCUCCUGAACGACUCGGUUGCCAUCGCACUCUUCACCACCCUCUCCAACUUCAACAGCGAUUCCGCCUUCUCACUCUCUAGCAUUUUCUAUGGAAUUGGGUCGUUUUCGGCUCUAUUUUUUGGAUCGCUCAUGAUAGGCGUCAUCAUGGCUUUGAUUUGCACUCUCAUGCUCAAGCACUCGCAGCUGUUUGAGUAUCCGUCGCUAGAGUCGUGCAUGGUGUUGCUCUUGGCAUAUGCCUCGUAUCUGCUCUCCAACGGCUGUCACCUGUCUGGAAUAGUUUCGCUGCUGUUCUGUGGCAUCACUCUCAAGCACUAUGCGUACGACAAUCUCAGCCUGCGUUCGAGACGGACCACAAAGUACAUGUUUCGGGUGCUUUCCCAGAUGAGUGAAAACUUUGUCUUUAUCUACCUGGGAAUAUCGAUCUUUACCCGAUCAGACUCUAUUUUCCUGCCGGUCCUGAUCGUUUUGAUCCUGAUCAUAUUGCUGGUGGCUCGCUACAUCUCAACGGUGCCUCUAGCCUGGCUGGUCAACUCGGUCACAUAUCGACUCUACGGGAAAGUGAACCACCUUCCAAAGAACCACCAAUGGAUGAUGUGGUGGGCCGGUCUCCGUGGUGCCAUCGCCUUUGCCCUUGCCUUUGAAGUCACCGGUAAAGCCGGAGACAUCAUUCGCUCAACGACUCUGGUCGUAUGUGUCAUUAGCGUGUUGAUUCUUGGCGGUACCACAAACUAUGCCCUCGAACGACUGAAAAUCGAAACAGAUGUCGGCCCCAAGAGAAAUCAUGCCCUCGCUGACGACAUAGACGAUGCUACAGACUCAAGCGUCGACGGUUUUGAAGAUGACGAUGACGACUCUGGCUAUCGAUACGAAUAUGAGGACGAGCACCCGCUGGCAUCGUUUGCUCCACGUUCGUCGGUCUCAAGCUACGCGUCCUCCCAGCCCCUGUCGGAUGGGCCCCCUAUCGCGACCGAGCGCUCGGCACCGCAUUGGUUCAUAAAUUUUGAUGACCAGUGGGUCAAGCCCCUAUUUUCUCGACGCAAAUAUGAGCGACCUGGCACUGGCAGCAGCCACAAACGAAGGGUAUCGGGCUCACUCGACGAAUAAGCUCCAGUCAUAAUAUAACUCUUCCAGUCGAAUAACACGAGUUCAAUCAACCGAAUCGUCCUCCGG